AUGGAUUACAAAAGCGAACAGUUGGCGGAAAAGGAGAGCUUGUCACUUUUGUACGAAUGUACAAAUGAAUUUAUUUGCAUAGACGACAAGAGUUUUAAAAUCCUCAUUGAAAAUAAAGCCAAAAAGAUUUCCUUCUACUUACUCUUUGAGCACACGGAACGGUACCCGGACGAGGCCCCCUUAUGGAAGAUCGUCGAUGGCAAAAAUGUAACCAAGAGGCUACGCGAAAAUGUGCACCAGCAAAUUCGAGAGACGGUGGAAAAUAACUUGGGCUACAGCAUGAUUUAUAACAUUGUGGAAAAUAUAAGGUCCUACCUGUCCGAAGACAUUGAAGAAAAAUCCAUGUACGACGAAAUGCUGGAGAGGAAACCCAAGGAGGAUGAAGAAGAAAUGAAUGAUGAGGACUCCGAUGACAAGACGGACGCAGAAGAUUACGAAAAUGUUUUGGAGUUGAAGGAGCUGUGUGAAGAACGGUACCGAGUAACCGAGGAGGAAUUCGACGCAUGGCGAAAAGAGUUUUACAAAAACAUUUUCGCUGAAAUGAAAGCUAUUAAUAUGUCGGACAAUCCUACAGGGCGGGAGCUCUUUGAGAAGGGAAAAAUUAACUUGGCCGAUGUAGAAUUUGAAGAGGGGGAGGCCAAGUGGUGCAACGAAGAAUUAUUUUGCGAUCUUGAAUUGGACAUAUGA